UGCAGCCAAUGAAACUCCGACAUGACGACGCCGGUGUGGGGCACGUCUAUCUUCCUCCCCUUGGUCGCAUCCGCGGUGUCGCCACGAGGCGGCAAGCCAAGCCAUGCACGCGCACGGCGAGCUAAUGGCUGUACGGGCACUCACAGUCACAGGAGCGUCGAAGCCAUGGCUCCCCUCGUGCAGGCCGCGGCCGCCAUGAUCGCGAAGCCUCCUCCUGCUCCUGCUCCUGUUCCUCCCAAGAACAGCGUCGCUCUUCUUCCUCCUGGAGCCAAACGCGGCGGCAGAAGGUUUCUACUUCGUGGCAUGAUCGCCGCCGGCGCUGGAUCGCUGCUGCUGCUGGGCGGUGACGGCGACGGCGGCAUUGCUUCCGCGGCUUCCAAGAGGCGGGCGCCGGCGCCGGCGCCUGCGGCGGCGGAGGAGAGGAGAGACCCCAGCGUCAGCGGCGUGCAGGCGAAGGUGAUGGCCAGCAAGAAGAGGAAGGUGGCCAUGAAGGAGUUCGUGGCCAAGAUGAGGGAGAAAGGCAAACCUGUCAACAACUGAAACAUAGAUAGAAAAAAUAUCAGUAGUAUGACUCUGCCAUUUACUGAUUUUUACCAUGUGACUCGUUUCAUCAUUCUGAUGAGCACGUAAAGAUCAAAACGGAUGGGAGGUAAUAACGCAUGUGUAUUAAUCUUCUUCCAUGUCGUUGUUCAUGGUGUGGAUUUGAUGAACUCAAUAAAUCGA